CUUCCGGUCCGCCGCCGCGGGCUUUGCCUCGCUCCCUACCUGGUCGCAGACGUUGCAGACGAGUAGGGUCGACGAGGCUGGGGGCUGCAGCGGGUGGCAGGCGCCGUCAUGCCCCGGUAUUACGAAGACAAGCCGGAGGGCGCUGCAUGCGCGGGCGUGAAGGAGGACCUGGGUGCAUGCCUGCUGGAGUCGGACUGUGUGCUCCAGUCUAAAAGGGCAUCUACCACCCACCACUCCCCACUCGGGGCUCUGAAGACCAAAGGAACCUCUGCUGAGGAAGGAAAAUCCCCUCGGCAGUGUUUGAAGGAAGGAUACUGCAAAGCUUUGAAAUAUUCAUUUUUUGAGUGUAAAAGAUCAAUGUUGGAUGCCAGAUCAAGAUUCAGAGGAAGAAAAGGUUAUUGAUACCAUUAUUGAAACCAAGAUGAAAACAACAAAGGAUUUUCUCUGGCCAUUAAAACAGAGUCAAAAUAGGAAACAGUUUUUUCUACAUCUCUUUGGUUGAACCACUUUUUCCUUCCAUGGAACACUAGAGAAAAUGGAUGAGUUGUGUUUUUGAAUAUAUAUAAAGUAAAUGAUUCUCUUGAUGUAAGUUAGUUUUAGAAGAAAAAUUUAACAGUUAUGGGCUGGGAGCAUAAUAAAUGUGUUUUGAGCAUUGUUCUAAAGCACAAAGAAUGGGCAGACUGUUAUUUUCAAACUUGACUCUUCAAUCAAGUUACACAAUUUGUACAUCCUGAAGGCCACUGACACAAUCUAUAACAUGAAACCUGUCCAGAAGAUGUCCAUUGGGAAAGUUUAGCAUAAAACUUUUUCUUUUAUUCAA